CCAGCAGUCCUAUCGGACCUCUAACUCUAAGCUUCACCACUGUAAACACUGAAAGAUGUUCUCUUCAUUGAUUUCUUCUUCUCGUCCAUCAUCCCUUCUCUCAGCCCUCACUGUUUUUGUUCUUCUUCUCUGUGUCGGUUCUGUUUCAUCGUUCACUAAGAUUGGCCAGGGAUACCAUCUCAUCUCCAUUGAAGAGUACCCUAAUGGAGGAGGCCUUCUGGGUCAUUUGCAAGUGAAGAAAAAGACCACCACAUAUGGUCCUGAUAUUCCUCAGUUGCUGCUCUUUGUCAAGCAUGAAACACAGGAUCGCUUAAGGGUUCACAUAACUGAUGCAGAGAAGCAAAGAUGGGAGGUUCCAUACAACUUACUACCAAGACAACAGCCGCCUCCAUUGAAGAAAACUCUUGGGGAGUCUACAAAACUUCCUUUUACUGCUUCUGAGUACUCAGGCAAUGAGCUUAUCUUCAGCUAUACUACAGACCCGUUUGGGUUUGCAGUGAAAAGGAAAUCAAAUGGGCAAGUCCUAUUCAACUCAAGUGCUGAUGAAUCAGACCCAUAUGGAAAUUUGGUGUUCAAAGAUCAAUAUCUUGAAAUCUCAACCAAAUUGCCUAAAGAUGCUUCACUGUACGGGCUUGGAGAAAACACCCAACCAAAGGGGAUUAAGAUACAGCCCAACGAUCCUUACACUCUGUAUACCACAGAUAUCUCUGCAAUUAAUCUCAAUAUGGAUUUAUAUGGGUCUCAUCCAGUUUACAUGGAUCUGAGGAAUGCUGGUGGAGAGGCUUCAGCACAUGCAGUUUUGUUGCUGAACAGUAAUGGAAUGGAUGUGUUUUACAGGGGGAACUCCCUGACUUACAAGAUCAUUGGGGGUGUGUUGGAUUUCUAUUUUUUCGCAGGUCCAACUCCUCUAUCUGUUGUUGAUCAGUAUACAGCCUUUGUGGGUCGUCCUGCUCCCAUGCCUUACUGGGCUCUCGGUUUCCACCAAUGCAGAUGGGGGUACCAUAAUGUGUCCGCAGUUGAAGCUGUGGUUGAGAACUACAGGAAGGCCCAGAUCCCGCUGGAUGUGAUGUGGACUGACGACGACCACAUGGAUGCGGCCAAGGACUUCACCCUUGACCCCAUCAACUUCCCUCGUUCAAAGCUUUCGGCAUUGGUGGAAAAACUACAUUCCAGAGGGAUGAAAUACAUUGUCCUCAUCGACCCUGGGAUUGCUGUGAAUUCCUCUUAUGGAGUUUACCAACGUGGCAUGGCCAAUGAUGUGUUCAUAAAGUAUGAAGGAGAGCCGUACCUGGCUCAAGUCUGGCCGGGGCCAGUCUACUUCCCAGACUACCUUAAUCCCAAAACUGCAAGCUGGUGGAGCGACGAGAUCCGGAGGUUCCGUGAACUUGUACCUGUUGAUGGCUUAUGGAUUGAUAUGAAUGAAGCUUCCAACUUCUGCACCGGUAAAUGCAGAAUCCCAAAGAACAGACCGUGUCCUGGCAACCCUGGGUGGCUCUGUUGCUUGGACUGUGAGGUGAUAAAUAAGACUAGAUGGGAUGAUCCACCUUACAAGAUAAACGCUUCAGGGGCGCUAGCCCCGAUAGGAAACAAAACAAUUGCUACAAGUGCUGUUCAUUACAAUGGGGUGUUGGAGUACGAUGCCCACAGCCUGUAUGGUUUCUCUCAAGCCGUURCAACCCACAAGGCGCUUCAACAGCUCAUUGGCAAGCGCCCAUUCGUGCUAUCACGCUCCACCUUUGUUGGGUCAGGAUCGUAUGCUGCACAUUGGACUGGUGACAACAAGGGCAAAUGGGCGGACCUCAAGUAUUCCAUAUCAACUAUUCUCAAUUUUGGCAUAUUUGGGAUACCUAUGGUGGGUUCUGAUAUUUGUGGGUUCUACCCAGCGCCCACAGAAGAGCUCUGCAAUCGCUGGAUUGAGCUUGGGGCAUUCUACCCUUUCUCCAGGGAUCACGCAAACUACUAUUCCCCUAGCCAGGAGCUCUAUGUAUGGAAGUCGGUUGCACAGUCGGCUCGAAAUGCUCUGGGCAUGCGGUAUAAGCUCCUCCCUUACUUGUACACCUUGAACUAUGAAGCUCACACUACUGGCGCCCCAAUGGCCAGGCCGCUGUUCUUCACGUUCCCCAAUUUCACUAAGUCCUACGGCUUGAGCACACAGUUCCUGCUGGGCAGCAGCGUCAUGGUCUCCCCGGUCUUGAGGAAGGGGACAUCAAAAGUCAAGGUACUGUUUGCUCCAGGAACUUGGUACAGCUUAUUCGAUAUGAAGCAGACUAUUAUCUCCAAACGAGGACACUUCCUCACGCUUGAUGCGCCAUUGCAUGUCAUCAAUGUCCAUGUGUAUCAGAACGCUAUCAUCCCCAUGCAACGGGGAGGUAUGACAUCCAAAGAAGCGAGGAUGACGCCAUUCAGCCUUGUGGUGACAUUCCCGGCAGGAGCUGCCGAGGGACUGGCUAAAGGAAAGCUUUUCCUUGAUGAUGACGAGCUUCCAGAGAUGAAGCUUGGAAAUGGGUACUCUACUUACAUAGAUUUGUAUGCCACUGUUAGCCAGAAAACGGUGAAGGUGUGGUCGGAAGUUCAAGAGGGUAAGUUUGCCUUGGAGAAUGGAUGGAUUAUCGAGAAGGUAACAGUAUUGGGAUUGGGUGGAAUAGGACAGGAUCUGUUUAUUGAGGUCGAUGGAGAACCAAUUUCAAGCCUUUCAAACGUUGAGUUUAGUGCUUCGGAACACAACUACUUGGAGAAGCUAGAAGAUGGGGGAGAUAAAGAGAAGACGGUGAUGGUUGAGGUUCAAGGAUUAGAAUUGCCUGUUGGGAAGAACUUUGCUAUGUCCUGGAAAAUUGGGGUCAAAGGAUGAGGUUGAAUGCAUGGAGAUUUAUCUCUCAAUGCCCGCCCUUAUUUUCCCAAUUUCAGGUUCUCUUUCGGUUUCUUUUUUCCUUUCUUACAAUUGUUGUUGGGUUACCCAUUGUUAAGGGUGAACAGACAAACUACUCAUCUCUUGCCUUGCAAGCAAACUAAGACUACUCUAAAGACUUAUAUAUGGACCCUUCCUACUUCCUAGUUCCUUUCUUUUCAAAGUUCCCCCAACUUGGGUUGAACUUUGAAGAAUCAAAAUUAAUUGUGAAAUCUGCAAGUCAUAAGGCCGUAUUGGCAGUUCAAUGGUCCAAUUUCGGCUUGCUUUCUUUUUGAUUAAUC